UGGCCAGGGCUGCACGGUGAGCGCUCCGAGUGGGAGGCGACAGCCUGCCCGCACACUCACACUCACUCCAUCACAGCUCUCAGCUAUUUGUUGUGGUCGGAGGAAGACAUCAAGGAGCCGCAAGGAAAGAGAAAAAAAAAAUGGAAAAUGAGAGCAGGAGGAAGAUGAAGGAGAAAUUUGGCCUGAGGCGGGACAUCUUUAAGGAGUUCCUGGCAGAAUUUCUGGGGAUAUUUGUCCUGAUACUCUUUGGAUGUGGUUCAGUGGCCCAGACGGUGCUGAGUAAAGGGGCUCUCGGGGAGCCACUGACCAUCCACAUUGGUUUCACACUGGGAGUCAUGAUGGCCGUCUACAUGGCAGGGGGAGUGUCAGGAGCCCACGUGAACCCUGCAGUCUCUCUGGCCAUGGUGAUUCUGGGGAAGCUACCUCUGAAGAAGUUCCCCGUGUAUGUGCUGGCCCAGUUCCUGGGGGCUUUUGCUGGGUCCUGUGCUGUUUUUGGGUUAUAUUACGAUGCUUUUAUGGACUUCACCAAAGGAGAAUUUGAAGUUACUGGUACAAAUGCCACAGCCAACAUAUUUGCAUCUUAUCCUGCAGAACACCUCUCAGUCUUAAAUGGGUUUGUUGAUCAGGUAAUAGCAACUGCUGCGCUGAUCCUGUGCAUCCUGGCCAUAACUGACAGGAAGAACAUUGGCGCCCCAAAGGGCAUGGAGCCCCUUUGCAUUGGCCUGAUCAUCAUGGCCAUUGGAGUGUCCAUGGGUCUGAACUGCGGCUAUCCGAUAAAUCCAGCACGAGACCUCGGCCCUCGGUUCUUCACAGCAGUGGCUGGGUGGGGCAUGGAAGUGUUCAGAGCCGGAGGCUGCUGGUGGUGGAUUCCCGUGGCAGGACCCAUGGUGGGUGGAGCGUUUGGAGCUGGGAUUUACUUUGUCUUUAUCGAUUUACACCAGCCAGAGCCUCAGAAACAGGAGGAAAACAACAUCCAGGAAAAAUAUGAAAUUAUUACUAUGAGCUAAACUGGUUAAAGGGAUCAGAGCACAACAACAAAGCAACAAUUUGAUGCAAAAAAGGAGUCUGACAUAUUUUUAAAGUCAGAAAUUAGAGGAAAAAUGACAGUGUGACUCAAUGCAUGUGCAGCACUUACUGUGUUUUUGUAAAGCCUUUAAAAACAUUUUGUGGAAACUCAGAUCUAUUUAUAUUUUUCACUAAUUUUAUCUGUAAGGGUAUUUUUCAUGUAAUAAAAUAUAUAUUAUUAUGUGAAGAUAUUUUAAGCCACUAUGUUGCAAUACCCCUUCUGACCACAUGAGACAAUGCAGAUCUGCUGUGUUGACAAAAGAGCCAGUGACAACACGAUGCUAAUAAGUGAAGCUGGUCCAUCAUCACCUUCCUUUGAUAUGCUGCCCCAUGUAGUCAGAAGUAGUAGUGCUAUAUAGGGUUGGUUUAAUGGACUUGGAAAGAAAAUCUCUUUUGCCAUAAAGAAGUCCAUUAACAAAGCUCAGUCUCACAAGGCAGCAUGUAUCAGGUAUAUUUUUUUCCCACAUACCUCAAAAACAUGGUGGUAUCACGAUACAGAAAUAGUGUGGUGGUAACAUUUUACUUUGCCAGUUGUUUUGUAAAGGUCGUCAUUUACACGAAGUGAAGCUGUAACUAUGAAUAUUUAACUCUGGCUACUGUUUUCUUUAUCUUUAACCCUAACUAUGUAUCCAAUGAUAUCAGACCUACCCUUGUAUUCUUUUAUGUCUGACCCUCAACAGCUCCUACUGACAGCCAAGUUGGACAGUGAAAACUUGUUGCUCAAUAUUGACAUGGUUGGAACUCAAACUAGUUUAGCAGGCAUGGCAAUCCAUGAUGUAACACCACCCUCCUGUGUCUUUUUUAAACAUGUUAUAAUUGUGGAAUUUCAUAUUGUAAAGGGAAACUGCUCUUUAUGGACUGUAGACAGAAUUACAAGUUUUACAUUUUAGACUAAACCUGAGUUUCCUGAUCCAAUAAGCUUGAAUGAAAAGUUUUGCCUCAAAAACAACAGAAUUCUUUUGAAUAUCCUCUUUCCUCUCUCAGAUUAUCUUCUCUUAUUAGAUCGUUUGCCAAUGUGGCUGUAAACCAUACAGUAUAUGUUAUUACAGUCUACCUAACAUAUGAUAUAUAGGACAUAGGAAAAUACAGGAAAUAUUGACUUUAUUGUGGAAAUACAGUAAUUUAUAUUUUUUAUCAAUUGCACUUAUUUGUUUUUUGUUGGUUUUGUUUCUUUUUUUCACUUCACUCUUUGCAUGCUUGUAAAAAUCUUUGACUGCUUUAUCACGCUUGAAAUGCUAUAGUUUUAUAACACAUUUAGACAACCCAGCCUUAAAUUAUCACACUCUUAUGACUUACUUUUUCACUGAUGACCAUGAUUUUCACAAUGCAUAUUCUCAUUUUAAAAAGCUGGAUUUCUCCCUUUGCAGACAUCCUUUGUAUUAAAAAAUAAAAACAUAAAUUAACGUAGGACUUAAGUGUCAUCUUUCUGGAAAAAAAAAUGUAUGUCCAGCAAAACCUUUUGAAAAUAAAUUUGUUGAUGUUUUUAACUGUAAUUCAGCUCGUACACAUGCUUUAUGAGAAGGAAUUUGCAACUUUGGAAUGUAAAAUUUAAAAUAUAUAUAUAUAUUAUUAGGUUAAAUAUGUGGUAAAACUAAUCUCUAUGAUGUUUUUUUAAUGAGUUCAACAUCACAAAUCAAGCAGCAAGAACAGUAAGAGCACUGUAAAAUGUAAACACGGUAUGCAUAAUUCAAAAGACACAGGUGACAGCAGUACGUACAUUCACCACGGCUUACAUGACUGAAGAUGUUCGUCAUCUGAAAUCUAUCUGAUAUCUUAUGUUAGAUUUUGUUGUGGUACAUUAGUUGUCAUUGGACAGCAGCACAACAUUUAGUUAAAGCACAAACCACAUGUUUAGCAACUCACGAAUUGUUUGAGGAGAUGUUUGCUUUUGUGGAACAGUGAAAGUUGUGUGUUUACUGUCAGGUCUUAAAUUGAUCCAGCAGAGAAAGACUGACCAGUUCUAGAUUGAUAACCUAUUGCUUCAUGAGGCCAUUUCUUUAAUCACAAUACCUGCAGUAUACAAGAGUUUCUUACAUUGAAUCAGCUCAGUGAAAAGGUUUAUAUUAUGUUACUUUUUUCUGACUUUCUUUCUUUUGUUGAGAGACGUGACAUAUCUUGAAUCUUGCUUCAGACUGUUUUUUUAAAUAUUGUUUCAUGACAGUAUUUUCUAAAUUCCCUGUUCAAUCGACAUUUUUUUUUUCUUUUGCACAAUUUUUAUUUAAGCUUUUUUUAAUUUGCUUUAUUUUGUUUAUUGGUGUUUAGAGAAUUUGAUGGUUUGACCAUUACAUUACUGUUCAAAAGGGUUUUAGAGAUUAUGUGUGGAGCAAACUAGCUUGGCACAAUACUUUGUGAUCAACUAAUGUGCGAUGUCAACAAAUGAUAUGUUUUUGAAUUUUUAAAAUCUUCGUAUUUCUUGUUGCCAUGCACAAAUAAAAUUAAUUUCCAUGAAAGUGA